AUGGCUAUGGCCCUUGUUCCGACCGGCGUUACCACCGACAUUGAAGCUGUCUCUCUCUCCAAAUUCGUACCACGCAUCGAAAACUUGCCACAAUCAUGUCAAGUAGCGUACAACACAUCAAUACAGGGUUGUACCCGCGCCGACUUUCCCAAAGAAAGAAAUGAGGCCAUCAACAACUGCAGCAACGACUGCGUUCAAGGGCUUAUCCAAAUCGUACAGCUCGUCAACCAGCAGUGCUCAACAGUCCGUGUGCCCGCAGAUUCCAUCAUUGGCGUUGCCCUCUCGGGCGAUCUUCUACCCAAGCUCUGCGGCAAUAUAGUAGUCGUAACUUCGGGACAACAGACCUACGCACAGAGCACAUUGGCCACAUCAACCACAUCCAGCACAUCGACCGCAGCGUCUACCACACAGCAGGCGCAAUCGUCGAGCACCCAAGCGACUGAUAGCGCACAAAGCACCCCCUCAAGCACAGCGGCAAGCUCAGUCGCCAGCUCGCCAAGCCGGUCGAUACAGCCUCCUUCGAGCACGCAACAAGGCAUCACAAUCGAUACCGCCACUCCGCCCCCAGCACCGAGCCAGACGGCAAUCGGCCAGAAGUCAAAUCCAGACUCGGCUGGUGGUUCACCAUUCGAUGUCACCUUCUCGACCUCGUCCUCAUCGCAUCUUCAGCUCGGCGGUCUGGAGAUGACGGCGAUGCUUCUUGCGGCAAGCGCAACGACUGCAGCACCGACGGUCGUUGCCAUCGAGCAGCUGGCAAGCUUGAAGAAGGAGCUUGAGAGCGCCAUCAAACGAGCGGAUAAAGAAGAAGCGGCGCAUCUCCAAUUGCAGAAUCGGUUGCAACGCGCGGAAGCUGCAGAGGCGAAGGCGAAAGCGGCUGAAAGCACUUGGAGGUUGGCUCACUAA